AUGUCCGUUUACACCACUGCCCAACUGCUGGCGGUCAAUGAGAAGAAAUUCAAAUUCGAUCCGCUUUUCCUGCGUAUCUUUUUCCGCGAAACCUAUCCCUUCAGUACAGAGAAGGUUUACCUGUCGCAAAUUCCUGGCCUGGUCAAUAUGGCGCUUUACGUCUCGCCGAUUGUCUCCGGCAAAGUGAUCCGCUCCCGUGGCGGCAGCACGUCUGAAUUCACGCCGGGUUAUGUGAAGCCGAAACACGAAGUUAACCCACUGAUGACUCUCCGCCGCCUGCCGGAUGAGGAUCCGCAGAAUCUCGCUGACCCGGUCUAUCGCCGUCGCCGCAUUAUCCUUCAGAACAUGAAGGAUGAAGAGCUGGCGAUUGCUCAGGUCGAAGAGAAACAGGCUGUUUCGGCGGUGCUCAGCGGUAAAUACACCAUGACCGGGGAAGCGUUCGAGCCUGUUGAAGUCGAUAUGGGCCGCAGCGCUGGUAACAACAUUGUCCAGGCCGGUGCGGCUGCAUGGUCAACCCGCGACAAAGAAACGUAUGACCCGACCGAUGACAUUGAAGCCUACGCGCUCAACGCCAGCGGUGUGGUCAACAUCAUUGUGUUCGAUCCGAAAGGCUGGGCGCUGUUCCGUUCCUUCAAGGCUGUUGAGAAGAAGCUGGAUACGCGUCGUGGUUCUAACUCUGAGCUGGAAACUGCCGUGAAAGACCUGGGUAUGGCUGUUUCAUACAAGGGGAUGUUUGGCGAUGUGGCAAUCGUGGUGUACUCCGGCCAGUACGUCGAAAACGACGUCAAAAAGAAUUAUCUGCCGGACCUGACAAUGGUGCUGGGGAAUACCCAGGCUCGUGGCCUGCGUACCUAUGGCUGCAUUCUUGAUGCUGAUGCCCAGCGCGAAGGUAUCAAUGCCUCGACACGCUACCCGAAAAACUGGGUGCAGUCGGGGGAUCCGGCGCGCGAAUUCACCAUGAUUCAGUCAGCUCCGCUGAUGCUGCUGCCAGACCCUGACGCAUUCGUCUCCGUCAAACUGGCAUAA